AAGGGGUGCUCAGGGGUCCCAGACACUGCACGAUGUCUCUCAGCCUUUGGGGGUAACACAGUCUAUCCUGGAUCACUACAAAGUCAUUGUUUCAAAUUUGGCAUUUUCUGAUGAAACUUUAGAAUCACAUUUAUUUUAAAAGAACAAAUUGGAGAAAAGAAAUAGGCUGUCGUGCAGUCCCCUGCUGCUUGCACCCCAGGACCAGGAUGGCAUCUGUACCGUCCGUUGGCUGCCUCCUGGCCAAAAAUCAGUAUUAUCGAAAGGCCAGUAUUUCUUCAGUUAGCUCUGAUUCUAUUAAUUUCAUAGAUGAAGACAAGUCCCAUCAAGGGUUACCUGAAAUGGCAGAACCCACCUGGUGGUUAAAAUCCUUUUUUCAUUCUGAACCUGUACUUUCAAAUGAAAUAAGAAAAGAGCUGCUUGCUAUUGGCACUAACUGUUGAUUCUGACAAUCAAAAUGACUCUACCUCCUGAGACUCUACACAUGUGAGCAACACCCUUCAGCACUCAAGCUAUUCCAGAUAACUCCUCUACCGUAAAGAGACAAAAACCUGCCUGAUUUCCCGUUUAUUAAGCAAGAUCACAGCAGCCACCUAUAACGGUUCUUCAGUCCUAAAACUACUGCUGUGAGUGGUAUCUGGAUCAUGGAGAAUAUUAUAAAAGUGUUAUUUAGAAACAUGUGCCCUUGUAAAGUAGUUAUCCAUAUUAUUUUUCCAAAAUAAUUUCAAAAAAUUUAAUUUCUUUUUAUUUUCCAAAACAUUUUUAGACUCUCUUUAUGUUUGUUGAAUGAUUUAUUAUGCCUUGAAACUGAAGUAUUGACACCCAACAUAGUGGUUUAAAGGUCAUUGGAUUCAAAUAUAUAGAAGAGUUGAAAAAAUUUUAUUUUUAAUCAUGAACAUUGGAAAUUGCAAACAUACCUAUAAAUACAUUAUUUGUUCAAUACAUUAUUGUACAUCUAACCAAUUGGUUAUUAUAUAGACUUUAAAAUUUAUCAUUUUAACAAUAUUUAACAACACAGAAAAUUAUGAUGACAUAGUGUUAAGUGAAAAUGCAGGAUAGUCUAUAUAUAUGCAUAAGAUUGAGAGGCAAUAUAACAAAAUUGUAACAGUUGCCAUUUUUGGAGAUGAGAUUAUUGGUGAUUUUCAUUUCCUUCUUUAUAUUUUUCUCUAUCUCAAAUUUUCUAAUGCAACCGAUUUUUGUGUAUAAUUGGAAAAUAAUGAAAUGUAUUUAAAAGGAGCACUGGAAUAAAUUUUCUGAACAUGAAUAUAUCCUACAUUAGUUUGAGU